AAUUCAAUCACUUCGGCUGCGGGCAAUUCUCAGUGUUUUGUGUAAGCACUACAGAAACUGUUGUGCACUCGCACAUCCUCGUGUCUGUCUGUUUUAGACGUUUUUUGUUUUUGUUUAUUUAUUCUGUUAAAAUAUAUCGUAAAACCAUGAAAGAAAGAAGAAACGCACAGCCACUGGUGGUCAGAUGUAAACUGGUGCUGGUUGGGGAUGUUCAAUGCGGGAAAACUGCGAUGUUACAGGUUUUGGCGAAGGAUUGUUAUCCGGAGACGUAUGUGCCCACAGUAUUUGAGAACUACACAGCCUGUCUGGAGCUUGAUGACCAACGUGUUGAAUUGAGUUUAUGGGACACGUCAGGAUCUCCAUACUAUGAUAACGUGAGACCCCUCUGCUACAGUGACUCCGACGCAGUGCUCCUCUGUUUUGACAUCAGUCGCCCAGAUAUCUUUGACAGUGGACUUAAGAAGUGGAGGGCUGAGAUCCUCGACUUUUGCCCCAGUACUCGUAUUCUCCUCGUUGGUUGCAAGACAGACCUUCGGACGGAUGUCUGCACACUGAUGGAACUGUCCAAUCAGAAACAAACACCCAUCACUCAUGAGCAGGGCUCUGCCAUGGCCAAACAAUUGGGUGCCGAGGCUUAUCUGGAGUGUUCAGCAUUCACCUCCGAGAAGAGCAUCCACAGCGUGUUCCGCACAGCUGCGCUGGCUUGCAUUAACAAGCUGCAGCCACUUGCCAAGCCCAGCCCGACCCGUCGGCUGUCCAAACGCCUGCUGCACCUGCCCAGCAAGUCCGAGCUCAUCUCCUCCACCUUCAAGAAGGAGAAAGCCAAGAGUUGCUCUGUAAUGUGAGUGGAGAACUUCACCCCCCAUAACAAAAGCUACACCAUUCCCUGCGCUUUGGUCUGGGGAAGGGGGGUGGGUUCCGAUUGCCACAUCAUUGACAUGUGGAAUCCUUCCUCACCCCCCAAAGAAACACCUUUCAGAACAAGUGGACACCUCGCUGUCCUCCUUGUCCUGAGCUCUUCAACAGUGCAUAUGUAUUUUCACUACUGUAUCUUGCUUUUUCAAAUGAGAUUCGAUCAUCAGCCGUCAUCUAUUCAUUCCUUGUUAUCGAGAGAUUUGCUGUCGUUGUGCCAGUUGAAAUUCGGAAUGAUUCAACUUAUUAAAUAGGAAACAGAUGUUUUAAAAGAAGUUUCAAUGUUCAAUGUAAGCUAUUCGAUGUAUAAAUGCGAGAUCUCUAGUGUAAGAUUCAAAACACAUACCUACAGUAUGCACUAAUGACUAAAUCUGAGGGAACCGAUCCAAGGGAAUUGUGAAGCCGAGGCUGUUGUGGAGAUGUGCGCGAAUCCUGGGUCAUGUAGAGGAGAAGGAGGCCCACUUGGCAUUGGCGGCAGUGCAGGAAGUGAAAUGUGAUUUUUAAAUGGGAGCCGUCCAUAUCUGAACACUAAGAUGGAGAAAUAGAGGGAAACAAGGGCCAAAAAUAUUUGUAAAAAGACAAUUUAUGAUGCAACCAAAGUAAAUUUUCCCUUAUUUCCUCUAUUAGAACACUGUCUGAUAUACACGCUUCUAUUUUUAGAGGCAUUAGCUAUCUGAGGGAUAGGAUGGGUGUGACUGGGGAAUAUAUUACAGUGAUUAUCUGUAUCUCAACAUCUCCUGCUGCUCUGUACUGUAGGCAACCAUGAAUUUGUGAAGCGAUCCCUGUGCUAGUUCUGAGAGGACUCGAUCGGAUCGAAUUUGGCAUCUUUUUUUUGUUCUUGAAAUGACAUCAAGAGAGAUGUCGUAGCACUAUGUUGAUGUUUUCAGAAACCAACAGAUUCAAAAAGUAUGCAAGAAGGUUGUAAGUCGCCUGGUUUGAGAUGAUUAAGAUCAGACCAGCUUGGGUUUAGUUUGUCAUGCAUCUUAUGUAGCAGUCUCCCAUUUCAUUGCCUCCAUGCUCAUUUGCAGCACUAGCAGCAGAAAUAUUUGUGAAUAAUAUCGUCCAAUGUGUUUCUGAACUUGAUUAUCAAUGGGGAAAAAACAUGUUUUCUUGUGCAAAGUGCUAAUCUUGAAGUCUGCUUUCCACCACAAAGCAAUAAUUAUGGUUCAAGUGCUUAUAAUUCAAAGUGUGUACAGUGGUGGCAAUAAUUAAAACAAAAAUGGCUAUUAUAAAUUCAUGCUACUGCUUUGUGGACAUGCGUAUAUUUAUGUGGAUAUACAUCAGUGCUGCUGUAAAAACAAGCCAAUAUAUUGUGACUCUGUUGAGCCUUUGUUAAAGUAAUUAGAUGAAAAUAUGACCAUUGGAGUGCAACAUUUUUUUUCUCCUUUUCAACCAAAUAGGAAUAUUAGUGAUUUGUUCACGAGCAUAAGAGAGGUUAAUGCAUGAAGAGCAGAUGAACUGGAAGGAGAUUCAGACUGGACAUUUUAAUAUAUGGAUCAGCUGACCUGAUAAGGGCUUUGAUGUUUGUGAAUCUGCAAGGCCAAACUGGAAAUGGAAACAGACUUUUGGAAAAGAAAAAAAGAAAAACGGGCUGGUCCUGUUUAAUGAAAGAUAUUUUUCCAUUUUUUUAACUAUUGUUCAAAUAGUUGUUUUUGCUUUAUUUCUGUACACUUGAAAUCAAUAUUUUUCUCAUUUUGUUCAAUCAUCAGUGGCGGAAGAUAAGAUGCGAGCAGCCACUGUGGCCGUUUACAAGCUCCGCCACUGUGAUCACACACCAAAUUCCUUUUUGCAUUGUCUUGUGACUGUGUAAAUAAAAUGAAAAUUAAUUUUGGGUGCUAGGGAGUAUGAACAGCGUGUAAACAUGUCACAUGGCUGGUCAGACAUUGUAGCUGCCGAUUUAUUUGUUUGUGAAGUUCUGGGUCAUGUGAGCGUCCCAGAUGAAGAUGGACAUUCAGUCAUUAUGCUGCCAUUGCACACUGUUUGGUACGAAUACACUUCAAGCAUGUCCUCUAGUUCUUCGGUUGUACAUAUCCUGUUUUGUAAUCUUUGUAAGACAUCUAAAAGAAUGUCGCAAGAUUAAAUAUUUGUUUAUGUUGUGAAUUGACAAAGAUGUGCUUGAUGUAAAACUGCUUAGUCCUGUUUAUUUGGAUUCAUCAUUUGAGGCAGGCAACUAUUUUCUGUUUUGUGUUUUACACUGUUUAUUUCAGAAUGUUAUUUUUGAAAUUAUGUCUUCUCCCUUCGUCUUUCCAGUAAUAAAGCUUGCCUUUGUGUGGCACAAAUGUA